AUGGCUGGGUUUUCCUCCCGUACUGUUCAAUUUCAAGAUCUCAUUCUACAAGCGUUCAAGUUGAAGCUAAAGGAUCUUAGCUCAACCCGAAAUGAUGGAUGUAGAGACAUUGACGAACUCUCCUCGCGGUCACGAAAACAGAUGGAAGAUAUUAGGGCCAUAAUCUUACGAGGCGACAAACUGAGCGAGGAGGCAACUGCCCCGCUUGACUUACAAGGACAUCCUAUCUACACACAGGUUGCGCUCUAUAGGCUCGCCGCUGCCAAGAUAUUUCAUCUUGCAGAAGUUCUAAUAGAGACCAUUGAGAAAGGCAUCAAGGUAGUCACACCUCAUGGCCCAGAUAUAGUCAUCGUUCCAGCACAGCGGCAAGGGUUGUCGGAUGCGAACGAGGGAACAAGACCAAGUUUGGAAAACAAGGCAACAACCCCGAACACGGAGCUAAAUAUCGAUACCGACAGCUUGAACCAACCAAGAACCAAAAUAGGGCCCUCGUCAGGCGCAUCAAGACUCUACAAACUGAGAGAGAUGAGCAAGCGAUUUUGA